GAACUUACAGGAUCUGUUAGUGCCUUUACGGUAGGAGACUUGAUAGAGGCUAUGAAAACCAAGAAGAAGGCUGCAGCUCCUAGUCAGCCUAGUUCUGUAGCAUCAAGUGAAGUUUCUGCUUCAUCUAAGAAAGUUGACAUAUUAAUCUGUGGAGUGUGCUUAGAUGAUGUGAGUGAUGAAGGAGAUGAGAUAGUAGAAUGCGACAACUGUGGUAUCACUGUUCAUGAAGGUUGCUAUGGUAUUAAUGAUGAGGAGAGUGAUUCUGGGAAGAGUAACGACACGGAUUCACCCACUGAACUGUGGUUUUGUGAUGCCUGUAAGACAGGAGUGCAACCAGAUUGUGAAUUAUGCCCAAAUCUUGGUGGAAUUUUCAAGGAGACAGAUACUGGGCAGUGGGUUCAUCUGUUGUGUGCUCUGUAUACUCCAGAUGUGGCAUUUGUGAAACCUGAACAACUUCAGUGUGUCACUUUGUCCGAAGUGCCACCUUACAAGUGGGGUGCAAAGGAUUGUAAUCUUUGUGAGGAUGAGAGGUUCUGUAGGACAGGAGUGUGCAUUGAAUGUGAUGCUGGUAUGUGCAGGACAUAUUUUCACGUCACAUGUGCCCAGAUGUAUGGACUUCUGUCAGAUGUUCCAGAAGAAUGCGAUGAGGAUGUUGCAGAUCCACUGUUUGCGCACUGCAGGCUGCAUGCCGACAAAAGAACAACAGCAAGCAGGAGACGUACAUGGCUGGCAUAUCAGUCACGCUAUAAGAAAGCAGCUGAAAGGCGAUCAGUGGAAGACAAGCAAAGAGUGAACCACUGCUUGGAUGUUAUUCGCCAGGAGUUUCAGGCAAAAAGAAUGAAAAAUGUGCCAAAAUUAUACACUCCCACAGAGAAGGUUCCUCGACUUCUGAGCACAUGUCCUGGAGCAUGUCGUCAACUGUUCAAGAAAGCACAACUUUUAGGCUACACCACAGGACAGACUCAGAGUGUUGUGAAUGUCCGCCGCAAGUGGUUUGUUCAACCUGCUCUCACCAGCGAGUUUGUCAACUAUUACCAUGAUCGCAGAGCCAGAUUGAAAGAAAUGCAGGAACGACAGGAAGAGCUUCAGUUGAAUAACAAACGACUGCAACAAGAGGAGCAACUCUUGAGAGAAAAGUAUCAUGAGUUGACAGAAACUAUUCAGCUUCUCGAUGAAGACAUCAAAGAAAGGAGAGCAGAAUCAACAGAAUUCCACCGCUUCCUCUGCAAGCUGGCAGCCAAGGAUCUAGCUAAGCCUCCCAUAUUAGAACCCAAGAAGCCAAAGCAAUCAGCAUCACGGACACCAUUAAAACCAAUCAAACUACACAUGUAAGUCAUGUCACUUUGUGGCCAGGCCAGUUUUGGGGGAUUCAUGCUGACGUCAUUGUUUACAGUUUUGCUCAUUUGCAUACGACUUUG